AUGCGACGAUGCUUACCGGCGACUGAGAGCAUCUUGAGCCUCGUACAGCCUUUCACACCUCGCAAUGCGACAUUCACGGCUCGAAUCGCUUUCAAUCGCCAACGAACAUUAAGCACCAAUCCUCGCCUCCGUGCCUCUGCCAAACCCGUCUCAUCACUGGAAGAACGGAUCUCGAAGAUCCCCAUCGAACGAUUCCGUAAUUUCUGUAUCGUCGCACAUGUCGACCAUGGCAAGAGCACGCUCUCAGACCGGUUGUUGGAGCUCACGGGAACGAUUCAGAAGGGAGGCAAGCAUCAGAUCUUGGACAAGCUCGAUGUGGAGAGGGAACGAGGCAUCACGGUCAAGGCGCAGACGUGUUCCAUGAUAUACAAUCACGAAGGUGAAGACUAUCUGCUGCACCUGGUCGAUACACCGGGCCACGUCGACUUCAGAGCUGAAGUCAGUCGCAGUUAUGCGAGCUGUGGAGGAGCCCUACUCCUUGUGGACGCCUCGCAGGGUAUCCAGGCACAGACGGUCUCCAACUUCUACCUUGCAUUCGCCCAAUCGCUCGCCUUGGUACCGGUCCUGAACAAGGUAGAUCUGCCAUCUGCAGAUACCAAGCGCGUGCUUGAACAGCUCAACGAUACAUUCGAGAUCGAUGCGACGAACGCCGUCAUGGUGUCAGCGAAGACUGGUCUAAACGUAGAAAAGCUCUUGCCCACAAUCGUGAACGACAUCCCCGCUCCAAUAGGUGACGAAAAUGCGCCGCUCAAGAUUCUGUUGGUGGACAGCUGGUACGACAACUACAAAGGCGUGAUUCUGCUUGUUCGAAUAUUUGAGGGUAAAGUGAAGGCCGGCGAUCGAGUCGUCUCCUUCGCGACAGACAUUGAGUACAUCGUGGGAGAGGUUGGCAUGAUGUAUCCUCUCGAGACCCCACAGACUUGUCUUCGUGCAGGGCAGGUGGGAUACAUAUACAUGAAUCCUGGCAUGAAGCGCAGUAAAGAGGCUAAGAUUGGUGACACUUACACUACUGUUGGCAGCCGUGACAAGGUGGAGCCACUUCCAGGCUUCGAAGAGCCGAAGAGCAUGGUUUUCGUGGCUGCUUUCCCCACAGACCAGGGUGACUACGCACAUCUUGAGGACAGCAUCAACCAGGUCACGUUGAACGAUCGGUCUGUCACUGUCACGAAGGAAAGCAGUGAAGCGCUUGGAGCGGGCUGGCGGCUCGGAUUCCUGGGCACGUUGCAUUGCUCAGUCUUCGAGGAUCGGCUACGACAAGAACAUGGUGCGAAUAUCAUCAUCACACCACCGAGUGUACCGUUCAAGGUCGUGAAGAGGGACGACAGCGAAGAAAUCAUCAGCAAUCCGAACAAGUUUCCUGAAGGACAGGAGGUUCAUCAGACCGUAAAGUCACUUGAGGAGCCGUACGUUACUACGACUAUAACGACUCCUGAAGAGUACCUCGGGAAAGUCAUUGAGCUAUGUGAGGGAAACAGAGGCCAACAAGAGACGAUAUCGUUCUUCACGGCCACGCAGGUGAUUGUCAAAUAUCUCUUACCUCUCGAGAGGCUUGUCGACGACUUCUUUGGCAAGCUGAAAGGUCUGACGAAAGGAUAUGCAUCACUCGAUUACGAAGAUGCUGGGUACCGUCAGGCAAACAUCGUCAAACUCCAACUGCACGUUAACAAGGUCCCGGUCGAUGCGGUGGCGCGGGUCAUUCACUAUUCCGAGGCCGAACGGAUUGGAAAGCAAUGGGUCACCAAGUUCAAGGAGCAUGUCGACCGGCAGAUGUUCGAGGUCGUCAUCCAGGCAGUCGCAGGCAAGAGGGUUGUGGCUCGAGAGACUAUCAAGCCUUUCCGGAAAGACGUGCUCCAGAAGCUCCAUGCCGCUGAUGUGAGUCGUCGCCGGAAGUUGCUCGAGAAGCAGAAGGAAGGCCGACGAAAACUGCGAGCUGUGGGAAAUGUUGCUAUCGACAACAAAGCCUUCCAAAACUUUUUGGCUAAGUGA